CUUCGUCUUCACCGUCGCCAAGUUCCUCCACCAUCGCUUCACUGAACAGUCAAACAGUUUCCGGCGUCUGCAAAUUUCCCUCCAUAGUUUCUUGGAAUGCUUCAGCAUUGUUUCGAUGUAGAUCCUCUUGACAUGCAUUUUCUUUGAUAUGUAUCACAGACUUGGCGCACAUCGCCUCGUCUUUCGAGCUAGUAUCACCAAGUGCGUCAAGGUUGGUCUAAUUGAUGAAGCCAUCCGGAUAUUCGAUGAAAUGACUCAAUCGAAUUGCCCUGUAUCUAGCAGAGACUACAACCGCUUCAUUGGUGUUUUGAUUAGCCGCUCACGUUUCCAUUUGGCCGAAAGCUAUUACUCGAGAAUGAUACCCCAAGGUUUUUCUCUUUCACCAUUUACUUACUCCAGGUUCAUUUCUGCUUUAUGUGAAAUUAAUAAUUUCGGGCUCAUAGGAAGACUCUUAGAAGAUAUGGAUAAACUUGGCUAUCUUCCUGACAUUUGGGCUUUUAAUAUAUAUUUGAAUCUCUUAUUCCGUGAGAACUUGUUAGAAUCGGCUCUAGAAUUUUUUAACGAAAUGGUUGCGAAAGGAAGGGAACCUGAUGUUGUAUCAUACACCAUAAUAGUUGAUAGAUUGUGCAAAGCCAAGCAAUAUGACAAAGCUGUGGAGUUUUGGCGUCGAAUGGUUAAUAAGGGGCUUAGUCCGGACAUGAAAGCCUGUACUGCCCUCGUUGUUGGGCUUUGCGAUGGUGGGAAGGUUGAUUUAGCCUAUGAGCUUACAGUUGGUGAAAUGAAGGAUCAGACGAAGUUCAACAACUUGAUUUAUAAUUCCUUGAUGAGUGGGUUUUGUAGAGCUGGCCGGAUCUCCAAGGCACUGGCCAUCAAGUCAUUUAUGAGCAAGAAUGGUUGCGAGCCAGAUUUGGUUACCUACAAUAUUUUGCUAAAUUUUUUUUGCGACGGGCUUAUGCUAGAGGCAGUGGGGAAGUCGAUGAAGAAAAUGGAGAGGAUAGGAAUGGAGCCUGAUGUGUACAGUUACAAUCAACUUCUUAAGGGUCUUUGCAAGGCUAACAGGCUGGAUAAGGCAUAUAAAUUGAUGAAUAAGAUGAGGGAAAAAGGGUUGUGUGAUACUGUUUCGUACAAUACUGUGAUAGGUUCAUUAUGCAAAGCAUUGGAUACUAGAAAAGCAUAUAAACUGUUUGAGGAAAUGGGCCUGAAAGGUGUCACUCCGGAUGUGGGAACAUUUGCAACUCUUAUAAAAGCGUUUCUUAGAGAAGGCAGCUCCCAUAUAGCAAAGAGACUUCUUCAUAGAAUGACAGAGACAAUUUUGUUACCUGAUCACAUAUUUUAUACAACGGUUGUAGAUUACCUGUGUAAGACAGGGAAAAUUGAGAUGGCCCAAGGUGUCUUUCAUGACAUGAUAGAGAUUGGAAUCUCCCCUGAUGUGGUUUCAUAUAACGCUCUUAUAAAUGGGCUUUGCAAAUCAUUUAAAGUUAGUGAGGCCAUGUUACUAUAUGAGGAAAUGCAAAUUAGAGGAUGCUAUCCUGACGAGGUAACUUUCAAACUGAUAAUUCGAGGACUUUUACGAGAAAAGAAAUUUUCUUUGGCUUGUCAGGUCUGGGAUCAGAUGAUGGAGAAGGGCUAUACACUUGACAGAUUUGUAUCUGAGACUCUUAUUAAUGCCAUUCAGUCGAGGGAUGCUGGUUAACUAUGGAACUAGGACCAAAUGGGGCCUCCUAAAGAUAUAAAUCAUAUUCUGAUGCAACUGGUCAUCUGUGGUAUCAUUGGGAGACCCUUUGGCAAUUGCAAGAUUUGAUCUUCCAUUCUUGGAUCAGCUCUUUGACUCCUAAUGCUCUAUGCUACGUUCGCAUGCAUAUACAUCCAUCUAGUCCACUGGAGUUUUCUAGAGGGGUCGGAUUAUAAUUAUACCAAAGAAUUGUGGGUGCUCAGACUUCCUGCAUUGCACUUGCCUUCCCAGAAAUGUCCCAGAUGACGACAGUGUCCAAGUUCCUUCUACCAUCCACCCUAUCUCGGGACUCAAAGUCAGCUGGGACUAGGAAGCCUUGCCUGGCAUCAAAAGCAUCCGGGAUCAAGUAUUGUGUUUUUCGUUACAUUGGCAAUCGAUGAGAACAAUGGCAAUGUAGUUAUGAAUUGAGAUAUCCAGUGUUGAGGUCCUUUCUUGCUCUAAACAGGUUAAAUCUGAGUUACAUAUUGUUACCUCUUUCUCCCUGUUGAUGUUCAAGGGAAUUUGGGUUGAGGUGUAAUUCUGGUUAAGUUGAUAUCUAUAUUUGUUGUAUAUGUAAGAGUUGUUCAUAAAUGUAUCUCGAUAUUAUUUACUUGCACUGAAUAUUUAUGAAUUCUUGAAAAUAUAUUUAUUGGUAUUUGUAUACAGAGUGGCGAGACAUAAAAAAAUAGAUAGAAAUUAAA